AUGCCUAGGAAAGCUGUACUUCUGAACUCUUUGUCCAGAGGGAAGGUUCGUACCUCUUUUAACAAGUACAAUUUGUUCAACUUGUAUAAGAAAUCUCAGGUCAGUUUUAGAUCGAAAACACUAUACCAACAGAAAUGGACUUCUAAACAGGAAACUCGUGCCUACCAUGGCGAACAUUUAACAGAGAGUAGGUGGCAGUCUGUUUUCGAGCCUCAGCUAAACUCUGUGGCUCAAUUAGAUGCUUCUCUAAGGGGUGGUGAUAUCGAACCGACGCCCAUUCUAUUACAAACAUACGCUGUACUAGAGAAAAGGCUAGACUUUGCUUUGUUUAGAGCUAUGUUUGCCUCGUCAGUGAGACAAGCUCGUCAGUUUAUUUUACAUGGCAACGUCCAUGUGAAUGGUGUAAAGAUUACUUCUCCGGGAUAUGCCUUGAAAGCUGGUGAUGUUUUCAACGUCAGACCCGAAAAAGUGCUACAAGCUCUUGGUGCCAAGAAACCUAGCUUGAAGGAAGCUUUGAAAGUGGAUAAUACCCAAAUUUUCCUAUGGAACAAAUAUAUUCUAGAGGCUAGAAAGAAUCCUAGAAAGUUCUGGGAUGAAAAGAUCGAAAAACUAAGAACUAUGGAUAGUAACGAUCCAAAGAAACAGGAAUUUUUAUCCUUCCUCGAAAACUACAACAAAACCAUGCACAUUCAAAUGAGGAAAGAAUUAGACCAAACCAGUAACGAGUAUUUGUUAGCUAAGAUCUUUUCUACCGUUAACCGCGUUAACGAUGUAGAAAAAUUGGCAGUAAAAGAUUUCUUGGGCGAAUUUUACAAUAACGAAAAUUUGGCAGCUAAAGGAUUCGAAAUUUAUAGAGAAGUCAAGUCUGCCAAGGCUGUGGAAACGAUAGCAGGGAAGCCUUUGGCUGAAAUUCCUAAUGAACAAGGUGAAUUGCUAAAGGUGGCUACAGGAAUAACUAAACCUGUUGAUAACACAAACGAUGCCUUAAAGAAAAAAUUCAGAGCCAUCAAUCAUACUAUAGUUGAUUUGAGACAUUUCUAUGAAACCGUGGUCAGAGAACAUUAUAAUGACAAGAUGGCAUCCGUUGAUUCUGUUGAUAUUCCAUACGAUGCUAAGUGGGCUGAAAAGUUACCAUUGCAUCAAAAGAUCAAUGUUCCUGAACUAUUGGAAAACGAACCAGCUGCUCAAAAAGCUAUCAAUUUACCAUGGCAAAAGGGUGUGUUUGGUCGUAACGAUCCAUCUAAACCAUAUUUCACUCCGUGGAAACCAAGACCCUUCUUAGCACCAUUCGCCAUUCUACCACACCAUUUGGAAAUAUCAUUCAAGACAUGUCAUGCGGUCUACUUAAGAGACCCUGUUGCACGUCCAGGUCAAUCUGAAGUUAUUACUCCAUUCGGCUUACCUGUACAUGAACGUUCAUACAUGUACUAUGUGAGAAGGGGUAAAUAA